CCUGUCGUCACGAAUCUACUUUUACCAACCAAGACUUUACCUCUUGCAUGAUUCAUGUUAUUGUACUAUUUUACAAACACACGCAAGGCAUAGCUUUACAUCAUGGACCUCCUUCAAAUUAUUGGCUUUAUUAUACUAUUUCUUCUCGCUUUGUACUGGCUGGGUACCUACAAGUUUGCAGCUAUCAAGUCCCUCAACAUCCCUGGCUCAAAACCUUGGCCCUUUGUCGGUAACAUCCCAGAUAUUUGGAGAUAUGGCGGUGUAUUUGAUUUCUAUUUUGAGUACCGAAAACGAUACGGAAAGGUGUUCUAUGUUUGCUUCGGACAAGAAACCUCCAUAGUUGUCGCUGAUCCUGAUUUACUAAAGUUGAUUACAGUCAAGGAGUUUCAUAAAUUUAGAAACCGCUCAGAAUUGAAAGUGCCUCCACCAAACAAUCUUGGUGUUGCAAUGGCAACUGACAGCGACUGGAAACGUAUUCGAUCUACAUUGACUCCGACAUUCAGUGGUUCAAAGAUUAAACAAAUGGUGCCAAUCGUGCAGGAAUCGUGUGAUGUCUUGAUCAGUAAAUUUCGUAAGGAAGCUGACUCAGGAAAGACCGUCAACAUCAACGAAUUCUGCCAACAGUAUGUCUUAGAAACCUUGAUGUCCAGUGCAUUUGGAAUGGAAACGAAUGUUCAGACMRAACCCAACAAGGAAUUGGUUGACACUGUUAGCAAGAUGUUCACAAAUAUCUUCUUUGUAAAGAUAAUUAUACAAUCUCUCCCAUUCUAUUCCCAAUUAUUUAGCCUACUGAUGUACAUUUCUACAGCGUUACUUCCUACCAACUACCUGAAUGACAUCGCACACCAAAUAAUCAAUCAGAGAAAGAAACACGGUACUGACGUCGGGAGAAAAGACUUGCUACACUUGAUGUUGACAACUAAGGAUAACGAAGGCAACCGAAUGCUGACUGACGGCGAGAUAUCUGCACAGUCGGUAACUUUUUUGGCGGCUGGUCUUCACACUACUAGUAUGGCAUUAAGAUUCACUCUCUACCAACUUGCACAAUUUCMYGAAUUGCAAGAAAAGUUGUACGACGAAGUGGACGGCGCUUUUCAAACAAAUCCUGAUAAACCGAUCUAUGAUUUGGUCCAAGAGAUGGAGUACCUCGACUGCUUCUACAACGAAGUGWUGCGCACAAUGUUUAAACARAAUGUGCAGUUCACGCGUGARUGCAGCGAAUCGUGCACACUUAAUGGCGUUCAUUUUCCAGUUGGCACACCUGUGAUAUUAUCUUUUUCUCUCAUGCAUUUUGAUGCCGAUUUCUGGACAGAACCAUUCAAAUUUGACCCUGAAAGAUUCCGUGGACCMGAAAAAGAGAARCGWCAUCCUAAUGUGUUCAAUGCUUUCGGUGCUGGCCCUCGCAACUGUAUUGGAAUGCGUUUGGCGCAGAUGGAAAUCAAAAUCACAAUCGCUCGUCUUGUGAAGGAGCUGAGGUUCAUGUUGUCACCAGAGGCUAAAUAUCAGCUGAAUGACUUCACACCAGAGCUGGUUGAGCUGAGAGUUGAACAACGACAAAAGACAACAGGAGGAGCCGACGAAGCUGACGCAGGAAAUGCAAUCAACAUCAACCAGUUCUGUCAACAGUAUGUCUURGAAAUGGUGAUGUCUAUUGCAUUUGGAAUGGAAAUAAACGUCCAAACCCAACCCCAAAAGGAACUGACCGACAACGUGRAAAAGCUCUUGACCACUGGCGUCGUCAUGAAUAUGAUUUUACAGUCUCUACCAUUCUAUUCCCACGUUAAAAGGCUUCUUGGUCAUGUUAAAAAGACGGCUUUGCCUUACCAGUUUGUGUUCAAAAUCGCAAGCCAAAUAAUUGAUCAAAGAAAGAAACGAGGUAUUGACAUCGGAAGAAAGGACCUUUUACACUUGAUGUUAACGACCAAGGAUAGUGAAGGCCACCGAAUGCUGACAGACGAUGAGAUAUCUGCACAGUCGGUAUCGUUUCUGACAGCGGGUCUUCACUCCACCGGUUGUCUAUUGAAAAACGCUCUUUAUCUCCUUGCACGAUUUMCUGACGUACAAGAAAAGUUGCACGACGAACUUGAAAGCGCUUUUCAAGCAAAUCCUGACAAACCGAUCUAUGACUUGGUUCAAGAAAUGGAGUAUUUCAACUGUUUCUACAACGAAUUGUUGAGAGCAGGAGGGAACAGAAAGGCAUCCCUAUCCCUAUCCACCAUGCGUCAGUGCGCUGAAUCUUGCACGCUCAAUGGCAUCUUCUUUCCAGCCGGAAUACCAGUGCUAUUAUCCUACCAUCUCAUUCAUCAUGACCCUGAUUUCUGGAAAGAGCCAUUCAAGUUUGACCCUGAAAGAUUUCGUGGACCGGAAAAGGAGCAACGACAGCCCAAUGUGUUCAACCCUUUCGGGAUGGGCCCUCGCAACUGCAUUGGAAUGCGUUUGGCACAGUUAAAAAUCAGGAUUACAAUCGCUCGUCUUGUGAGGGAGGUGAGGUUCAUGUUGUCACCAGAGGCUAAAUAUCAGCAGAAUGACCUACCUCCAGAACUUGUUGAGCUUAGAGUUGAACGCCGGCUCAAAAAGUAAAUGUAGCACUGAUUUCUCCAUCUCUGGAUUUGUAAACUCAUGAUACUAUUUACUCAGUUUUAACAAUAGCUUCUCUUGAAUGCAUAAACGUAUCUUGGAUCUGGGACAACAGUUAUUCUUGGUUGAUAGGCAUCAUGGGUACCAAAAUGUUUAUAGCUGAGUAGAGCAGAGUCACAUGAACCAUGAAAUAAGAACU